ACCGUGCCUCCGCUUCAAGACAUCCGUCCAUGCGCUGAAGGUUUGACCUACAGUAGCAGGAUAAGAUGGCAGCGGCAGGAUUUGGAAAGCAGGUGCGCAACUUCAGCACUACUGUGAUUAAACCAGUUUCAAAGCUUAUACAGCCUCCUAUCCAGGUGUAUGGUGUGGAGGGCCGCUAUGCCACUGCUUUGUACUCUGCUGCCUCUAAGCAGAAGAACCUGGACCAGGUGGAGAAGGAGCUAGGCCGUGUCAAGAGUUUAAUGAAAGAUCCCAAGAUGACUACUGUAUUUAUGAACCCCCACAUCAAGCGCAGUAUUAAGCAGAAGACGGUCAACGAUGUUAUGACAAAAGAGAAACUCUCUCCAAUCACAGUCAACUUUAUGAACCUGUUGGCUGAGAACGGCCGUCUGUCUUUUACCCCUAAUGUCAUUUCUGCCUUUGGCAAGAUGAUGAGUGCCCAUCGUGGGGAGGUUCUGUGCUCCGUCACUACAGCCCAGCCACUGGAUGAGGCAAGUCUCACUGAGCUGAAAAAUGCUUUGAAUGGCUUCCUGCAGAAAGGAGAGACUCUGCAACUAGAGACCAAGUCUGACCCGUCUGUCCUCGGUGGAAUGAUUGUUAGUAUUGGAGACAAGUACGUUGACAUGUCUACCAAAACCAAGAUUCAGAAGCUAACCAAAAUUAUGAGGGAAACUUAGUUUUAUGGAUUGAGUUCAAAUUUGCCCAUUCACAUUUAUUCCUUCUUACUCUGACAGUAAAAAGAAAUGUUAAACAUGUUGUAAGGAAAAUAAUAAAAUGUUCUAAAAUAUAAAAA